GCUAGAUUAACGUCGUGUACACCAGUUGUAGGCUCAUCGCUGUCACGUUCGUGUCAUCGAGUAAUCGCAACUUCUGACAGUUCUAAAUAUCAUUUUUGCGAUGAAGAACUUGUACAUAAUUUUUACAACUAUCAUAGGUUUAUACGAAGUAACUGCGUCCGAUGAUUGGUCAUAUUCGGGUGAUCAUGGCCCGGAACAUUGGCCAGGCCUGUGCACGACUGGAAAGAGGCAAUCGCCGAUAAAUAUUGCUAUCGAAGAUAUCGUUAAGACCGAUCUUGGUCCACUUAAAUUCAUAAGAUACGAUACUGGAUUCAACGGCAAAAUCACGAACAAUGGCCAUUCCGUACAAAUUCGAUUGUACGGUGCACCAAUUCAUCUCGAAGGAGCAAAUCUUCCAUCCACGUAUAUCUUGGAGCAAUUACACUUCCACUGGCCCGCCGAACACACCAUAAAUGGCAUCCGUGGUGCAUUAGAAUUACAUUUUGUUCAUUAUGACGAACAAUAUGGCAACGCGAAUAUGGCAUCACAACAUAAAAAUGGCAUUGCCGUAGUUGCUACCUUAUUCGAGUUAAAUAGCGAUGACAAUUUGGAUAUAAUGCCAAUUUUGGAAGCAGUGCAAUUAGUAUCUAACGCAGUCGGAAAAACGACGGCUUUGAUGGGAACCAAGAUCAUUCCUUACCGCUUUUUACCAAAAAAUCAUACGACAUAUUACCAUUAUGACGGAUCAUUAACUACUCCUGGAUGCCAGGAAAUUGUCAUGUGGUAUAUCCUUGCCGAAAAACUUACGUUAUCAGAGCAGCAGUUAAACAUCUUUAGAAGUGUUGGAACAAACAACGGUACACUGAUCUUCAAUCACAGACCAACGCAGAGUGUCGGAGAAAGGACAGUCUAUCAUCAUUUGGACGGAUAUUCUGCCGCGACAAUCCGUUCGAGCAAUUUACUGAACGUGUGCUUUGGUCUAUUACUAACCAAAUUGUUAUAUUUCAAAUAAUUCCAGUUAACUUCACCUGUGAAUUUAGAAUUAUCUAAUCGCAUAAAAUGAUCGAUAUACCGUUGACAGACAUUCAGCGAUUCGAGAAAUUUUGUCGCAUCUCACUCAUAUCGUGCAUAAUAAUGGGAUAAUAUUUUCUAUGCUAAUGAUAUAUCAAAGGAUUAUAAAAUCAUAAGAGAGAUAAAUGCAGUACAGUAGCUCGUGAAAGCGGACACUUUUAGAGAAACUUUCGAUGAAUACAGAGCGUAAGAGAACAUGUGGGACCCACUUCGGGCGUUGAUUGCACUUCAUCCUUCGCACAUAGCAAUAAUGAGAGGGGGCAAGAUAGGGGAAAGGAGAGUUUGGAUGAAGCGAAGGAGGAGGAAGACGAAUUAAACAAAUAAGGAAACUGAUCCGUAUUAUUAUGAGUACUAUUAUGCGUUUCCAUAAUGAUUCAUGACUGUUCACAAGUAACACAAGAUUUAGUUCUAAAGUGGUCCGUCUGAUUUAAUCUUAAAUAUACGGUAACUUUUAUAUGGAUUUUCGGAAUGGUUUCAUAUUUUACUAUUAUAAUCACCACUGUUGUGUCUCGUUAUAGUGAUGACGAAAUUUCAAAAUGUUUAAUGUAUAAUGCACGUAAUAUAUUCGUAACAAAGUUAUGCCGUAAAUGUUCGACGUGUACACAAGUAAGAUUCAGUGACAAAUAUACGCGUCAGUGAAACAAGUCAUUAUAUGUGUAGAGCAUAUGACAAUGAAUAAUACAACCGCGUUAUAUAUAAUUAGUGAUGUGACAAACGACAUGUGUACAUAAUGUAUAUCUUUGUAAAUGAUUUUAUGUUUAACAAAAACAAAAAAAAAAAAAAAAAAAAAGGAAAAAAAAACAGCUAGAGUAGCAUUUAGACAUAUCAAUAACGUAGGUAACUGGCUAAUCUUUCACCAUUAAUGAUAAUAUUCUGUCACAAUCAUUUUAUCACAUAUACUUCUUUCGGAGAAUAUAAAGAUUAUAAAAUUAAAGUUUUAUUCGUUAUCCUCUUUAUGGUUAAUUAAGAGUACAUAGCAUAAGCAUUUAAGGAACUAAUUAAGUUUAUUUGUAUACUUGAAUACGUAAUUUCGAAAAAUAGUGAUCAUAUAUAUUUACUUAUGGCAAGGAACUACUUUGCUAAAGAUAAGUAGCGUAAUGUCGUUUUUUCUUUGACGACUUGGUUUUACAUUGGAUUAUUUUAUUAUGUAAGAGCUUGCCGUCUUUUUGUUCUUCCGACUCCUUUGAACAACCAGUGGUAACAAAUUCUAUACUGGCACCAUUGUCAUCAUUAUUUAUAUUAUUAAAUACAUUUCGUACGUUUACAUCGUAUGUACAUUCACUUUGAAGAUGUUUUAUUUCAAGAUGCGGUGUCUGAAAGCAAUAAAGUUUGAAACAACUUAAUAAAUAAAUAAAUAAAUUGCAUCCAA